AUGACCUCUACCCUGGAGAAGUUCAUUCAUUCUCUGGACAUCAGAACCCUUCCCAGGGUCCUCCAAAUCCAGUCAGGCAUCUAUAGUCAAGGCUCUGUCUAUGAGACGCUUGGAAAUGAAUGCUCCCUAUCAACAGAAGAAGUCAUUAAAGUUAUUGGCUUCAAAAUUAAUAAGCUCAUAGCAAGUAUCUGUGAGAAUAAUGAAGUCAGCCAGUUUUCAGCCAAAGUGGAAUUACCACUAAAUUUUCCUGGUCUUUAUAAGGUUGUGGCAGAUAAGACUCCUUAUGUCAGCAUUGAAGAAAUUGCUAGAAAAGUCUCCAUUGGGCCAACAAGAUUUGGCCAUCCUUGUUUCUACAGUGCUGAGGAUAUAAAAUUGGCAAACUUCACUAUAAAACAUGGUGAGCAGAUCACUCUCAACUCAAUGGAAGAGGUCCAUGGAACGAUGGCUGUGAACUGUGUUGUGGUCAGAAAUAACCAAUCUCAUUCCUUUACUUUGCCCCUUUCGCAAGAAGGAGAAUUCUACGAGUGUGAAGAUAACCAGAUAUACACCCUAAAAGAGAUUGCAGAAUGGAAAAUCCCUAAGAGUAGAAACCGGAUUGUUAAACUUUCCAAUACUUUACAUAAGUGGGACUCCUCUAGUCUACUUCCUGAGAAUUUUGAUGGCUGUUUGAGUCUCAUGCCUGUCUACGAAGUGCAGGCAGUAAUGAAAUUUCAAAAGGACAUAGUUCAUAUUCUCUCAGAUCUGGAUGUUGAGGUCAAGGAUGUAACAGACUGUUAUGAUACUAGCUCUUUCCUUCAGCCACUUUCUUUGGAAGAUAUAUUUGAGAGAACAAGCAAAGAAUUUCCUAUGGUUGCUGAGAUAGUGGAAGGGCCUUCAGGAAGCAAAAAACCUUAUAACUUAUUGUCUACAGGGAAAGAGAUUGUCAUCUACAAAAAGUACCAGGCAGCAAGAAUCCUAGCCUCUGAGAUGAGAAGUGAUUCCUCCAAAAGACGUUAUUUAAUACCCAUGAGCUACAAAGGAAAAUUCAAGAGAAGACCUCGAGAGUUUCCAACUGCUUAUGACUUAGAGAUAGCAAGAAGUGAAAAAGAACAUCUUCAUGUUGUAGCAACUAAAGCCUUUACUUCUCCUCAUAAAGAGCUUUUUUCUGUUUCAGUUGGAGAUCAAUUUCUAGUUCAGCACCACCAGACUAGUGAAGUUCUGUAUGAGGGAAGAAAGAGACUCAUAGAUGUUUUAGCUUGUGAGCAAAUACUAAGUGAUUCAUAUAAAAAAGUGCUCCUCCCUAUGUACAUGGAAGGUGGCUUUGUGGAAGUGAUUCAUGACAAGAAACAGUACCAUCUUUCUGAGAUUUGCAAAGAGUUCCAUUUGCCUUUUAAUGUCAAAGUGUCUGUGAGGGACCUUUCCAUAGAGAAAGAUGUCUUGGCUGCCGCGCCUGGCCUGCAGUUUGAAGAAGAAAUUACAGAUUCUUACUUGCUGAUCAGUAGUGCCAGCAGUCCAGUGGAGAGCUGGGAGAUUCCUGUGUAUCGCUUAAACAUGUUGGUCCAUUUGCUCAGCAAAGAUGUCCAGACAGUUGUACCGCCUGUGACUAGGACAACAGUGGAAGAGGUCAGCGAAGAGGAAUACUAUACAUUGCGAAGAUAUGAAAACCUAACCCUUCAUCCACCACCCAGGCCUCCCAAAAAGCCAACCACAGCGCCAACACCUACUUUUGCAGUGACUAAGGAAGGUGUGUCUGACGUGCUACAGGCUCCAAAGAAUUUCUACGUAGACACCACCAAGAAAUUGUGCUCAGAUCAAGCUGCUGAUGUUUUGGAAAUGCAAGUUAGUUGUCAAAAUGAUUUGGUGCAUCGUGAGAAUAAUGACAUGACUGAGAAAGCUGCACUAGUGGAAGCCUCUGUGACUGAAGGCCUAGCAAGAAGCUAUGAGGCAGAAGAGAAAGAGGAAGAAGAGCAUGACUACUGCUAUAUCGAUGAAAACAUAAUUGAAAAUAUAAGAAAUGUAUUUCAUGACAUCAGCAUUAGAAAUGAGUGUACACUCUCCAAAGGAAGAAGGUGA